AUGAAGCGGAUACGGUCAUCACUAUGGCGAGGGCAACUGCUCCACGCUCGCCCGGGAGCUUCACUCAUUUCGCCUGCUGCCGCUAGCCGGCCCUUUCCCAAUGUCAUUCGCUGCCAAUCGUCAUCCGCAGUCGCCGUACCGGAUGUCGCCAACGAUCUCGGGACCGGGCUGGAGGGAACCGGGCCUUCCCUGUCACCUCGACACCAAAGUGCCGUACACUCCGCCAAACUCGCCGCCUUACACGCCCGACUCUCUCUCGCUAGCAAGAUCCCCUUGCAGACACUGGCGAGAGCUCUCAUCACCUCUUCGGCCGACCCCAAUGCCUGCUUCAACAACAGCAGCCUCGCGUUCCUUGGCAGCGCCAUCAUCAACUUCCAUGUCCUCGAAUAUCUCAUCUGCAAGUGGCCACGACUGCCAAUGUCUAUCCUCUACGAAGCUCUAAGGGCGUAUGCUGGCCAGGAGUCACUCCAGCAGCUCGCUCGCCGGUGGGGUGUUGAUGCAGCAGCCGCGCCUGGCGAGGAGGUGGACCCGGGCUUGCUGCAAUGGAAGCCGGACGGCGAGCAAGUGGUGAAUACGCGGUGGGGAUAUGUCCGAUCCGAGACGCAAAGAAAUGCCUCGUACCGUCGUGGCCUCAGCAGCCGAGUUGUCCUGGACGACGAUUUUGGCGAUACGGUGAAGGCGCCAGCCCACGACGACGAGGGAAUCCACCACAUGCAAAACGAAGCUUUCGGGUCCUUUGUCCAGGCCGUUGUCGGCUCAAUAUACAGCCACUGCGGGUGUGAAGCUGCCAAGUCCUUCGUCACGUCGCACAUUCUGUCCCGGCAAAUCGAUCCGUCGGCACUGUUCGAAUUCAAGUUGCCAACGCGUGAGCUUGCCAUGCUCUGUGCGCGUGAAGGAUUCGAGGCGCCCCUGGCCCGCUUAGAAAGCGAGACAGGCCGACUAUCGCGGACACCUGUCUACGUCGUCGGCAUAUAUAGCGGCAAGAACAAGCUAGGAGAAGGUGCCGGCCCGAGCCUAGACGUUGCGCGGCGAUCAGCUUCGAUGGCGGCCUUGAAAGCGUGGUACCUAUACAGCCCAGGAAACAAGGCGCGUGUGCCCAGUGACAUGAUGGAGGAGGGUGCAAAGCCUUGGAAGGCGCCUCACAUUGAUAUUGGAGAGAUAAUCUGA